AGAUUUUGAAUUCAAUGAUUUGACAACAAUACCGCCUGGAACAUUUGCUGAUGUUGGACACAGCCUUGAAUUUUUGAUUAUCACUCAUAAUCGUUUGACAUCACUUAAUUCAUCCUAUUUUUACGGGCUUAACAAUAUUCAUAUCUUAUCAGUUCAAGGGAACCCUAUCACAAGCAUUGAACCUGGAGCCUUGAAUGGACUGCCUACAUUACGGGAUGUGCGACUUCUUUCAUCAGACAGAAUUCGUCUUCAACCCGAUACAUUCGUGGGCCCCUCCAAAAUUGAGCUUUUGGUUGUUCGAGACGAACGAGUUUGUUGCAUUGCUCCAGAAAGUUUCGGGUGUAUAACACGAGAACUGCCAGAUCCACUCUUCACAUGUCGCAAAACGUUCCUCCAAAACAGAACCAUUAAGGUAUUCAUCUGGAUCCUUGGUAUCAGUGCACUGCUCGGUAAUGGCUUUGUGAUCGUCACGAGGUUGAGGAACAAACCUUCAACAGUCACUGGUUCUGUGCAAUCAACCUUGAUCAGCAAUCUGGCCAUUUCGGAUUUCCUGAUGGGUGUUUACAUGUUGAUCCUUGCAGUCAUGGAUAUGUAUAUUGGGGAAGCCUAUUUCUGGGAUGGCAUCGGUUACGAGUGGCGAACCAGUUAUCCUUGUCAGAUCGCAGGGUUCAUCUCGUUACUCAGCACCCAGUCGUCCGUUUUCUUGUUGACUCUGCUAAGCGUUGAUCGCUUCAUUGCAAUCCAGUUCCCAUUCAGUCGGAAGCGUCUGGGAAUCAAGUCCUCCCGUAUCUCUGUUGCGAUUGUGUGGGCUAUGGCGUUGAUCCUCAGUGUAACCUCUCUUCUCUUGACUCAGCUGGAGCUUGGUGCCUAUGGCCUGAGUGACGUUUGCGUGGGCCUUCCCCUCAUCCGUAAGUUUUCUUCGGUCUAUUCGGAGAUUGACGCCUACACAUUUUCUCGCUUCGGUCAGACCACCCUUAAUUAUCUUGCUUCUGGAACAGCAUCGACGUGGCAAUUCUCCAUUGCAAUCUUCCUUGGAGUGAACCUCAUCAGUUUCCUAGUCGUAUUGUUCUGCUACGCCGCUAUCUUCGUCAGAGUUCGGUUAAGCAGGGAGGCGGUAGGACAGAAGAACAAGAUUGCCUCUGAGGUAAAGAUGGCGCUCAAGAUGUUUUUCAUCGUUGGAACCGACCUAUUUUGCUGGAUGCCGAUCAUCACCAUGGGUAUAUUGGUCCAAACCGAUGUAAUCACUCUUUCCUCCAACGUCUAUGCUUGGUUGGUGGUCUUUGUCCUGCCUAUUAAUUCCUCUCUCAAUCCUUUCAUCUAUACCAUCGUCGAAAGGGUCACAAAAUAGACGACAUUGUUUAAUUCGUGAAUCGUGAUCAUUGUGAGACAAUUUUUGUUCGAUAUUUUUUUUUCCAAGUUUAUAAUCUUCUCUGACUUGCACACAUCAUAGAUAAUAUGCUCAUUCUUAAUUUUCUUUCGUAGAUUUUAUUUCGAAAGGGGUAAUCCCCUUACACUUAAGGAUGCCUCCCCUAUAUUAAAUUGUCUGUGGUUUCGAAUUCACUUAAUAUUUUAUGUACUUAUUUAUUUAAGAACAUUUAAAAGGGGCUUGUUAUGAAAUUUUCAUUGAGUUAAUAAUUUUGAUUGAAAUUGAUAAAAUAAUGAUAUUUAAAAAUCAAAAUAUUAUAUCAAAUGCAUUUUCCUACAAUUAAGGGAAUACUCGGUAGAAACAUGUUUAUGUUUAUAUGAUUGAAACAAUUAUUGUUACAUUAUGAUAAACACAAGAUGAACAAUACUAAAUAUUCUCAAUGAUUAGUCACAUUCAUACAAAUAAAGAACAACAUUGAAUAGUGUUUCAAUUUUAAGAAGUUUCAAGAAAAAAAUCACAGCAUUUUAUUAAAGAUGCGCCAAUAAUGCCAGUUAAGUAUGCAGUUGAAUCAAACGAUUUGAAUUCACUGAGAAGUAGUCAAAAUGACAUG